AUAAUAAUUACGUCUGCUCGCUCUGUAGUGCAGAGUCUAGACGUUUGUUUUAAAAUAAAAUAUCAGAAGAGAAUUGGCAGUCUGCGCGUUCGUGGUUCUAAAAUCGUGUGGUGUCUGUGUUGUUUUCAUUCCAUACGCUAUUUUUGUUUUUUGUUGUUUUGUAAAAAAAAAAUCUUAUUGUUGUUGGUGAUUCAUUUGUGUGUGUGUGAGCGUGGUGUUGUUGUUUUACUGACAUGGUGGAUGCCACUUCAAUUUUAUUAUUUGUUGUAACCAUAUUGACGGGAGUGUUCGUUUGGUCGCGUCGUACUUAUGUGUAUUGGCAACGCAGACGUGUCAAGUUUGUGCAACCGAACCAUUUGUUGGGCAACCUUAAGGAUGUAUUGAAAAUGCAAAACUCGUUUGCUUUGCAGCUGCGCGACUACUAUUUCAAUGAACGUUUUACGCGCGAACCUUUGGUGGGCAUCUAUUUGUUCCAUCAGCCGGCUUUGCUGUUGCGCGAUCUUCAACUCGUGCGUCAAGUGUUGAUCGAGGAUUUUGUAAAUUUCUCCCAUCGCUUUUCAAAAUGUGAUGGUCAUCAAGAUAAAAUGGGUGCAAUGAAUUUAUUCUUUGCCCGCAAUCCAGAGUGGCGUGAUAUACGCACGAAACUGUCACCGGUAUUUACUACGGCCAAAAUGAAACAAAUGUUUUCAUUAAUGGAAGAGAUUGGCUACGAUUUGGAAACAUAUUUAGCUAAACUAACCAAAGACAUGAAACACACCGGCGACGGACCCAUAGUGCAAAUCAAAGAUAUCUGUGAUCUCUAUAACACCGAUAUGAUUGCCAGCAUUGCAUUUGGUUUACGCACCUACUCCUUGCGUAACACGAAUCGAGCUCAACUUUGUCAAUAUAGUCAUGAAAUGUUCUUUAUAUCUUAUCGAAGGGCGAUAGACUUGUGUUUGAUAUUUAUCAUGCCCAAGUUGGUGAGAUUUUUGCGUCCCAAACUAUUUACAGCAGAUCAUACGGAUUUUUUGCGCAGUCUAGUUGUUAGCAUGCUGGAAGAUCGUCGCACUAACGGUGGCCUGCGUAAUGAUCUCAUUGAAAUGUUAUUGACAUUCAAAAUGGAGGCAGAACUUAAUAAGGAUAAAUCACAUUUCGCCCAUCAACAAGACUAUCUAGUCGCACAGGCAGCCACCUUUCAAUUGGCUGGUAUACAAACCUGUGCAUCGACGUUGGCGUUUGCCCUGUACGAGCUGGCUCGUCAGCCCAAGCUACAAGAACGUUUGCAUUUAGAGAUAAGAAAGACUAUAGGAGAGGAAGAUCCGCCCACAUCGUUGAAUUUCGAAAAGGUAGAGAAGAUGCCGUACCUGAGUAUGGUGGUGGAGGAGACGUUGCGUAAAUAUCCAGUUGUGCCAUUUUUGGAGAGAGAGUGUACACCGUUGAAUAAGAAGCGUUAUGUGUCAUUUCGUCCACAUGCUGAGUGUAUGGCCAGAAAGGGAAUGCCCGUGUAUAUAUCUAAUUUAGCUUUACAUUAUGAUCCUCAGUAUUGGCCCAAUCCCGAACACUUUGAUCCGGAACGCUUUUCACCGGUUCAAAAACAUUUACACACACCCCUGUCAUAUCUGCCCUUUGGCGCUGGUCCCCAUCAUUGCAUAGCCCAUGUGCUGGCCCAGCUGCAAUUGAAAUUGGGACUGAUACAUUUUCUGAAUCGUCAUCGUGUGGAAUGUUGUGAUAAGACUGUCGAUUGCAUUACGUUUGAUAAACGGUAUGCUCUGCUCACCCAAGAAGGUGGGAUUUACUUAAAACUUGUUGAAAUUUAGUUUGUAAAAAAAAGUUUUUUCUUUUUUUUCUAUUUGUUUUCUUUUUUUCCCCCUCUGUUUAAGUCUUCUAAUGUAAAUUGUAUGUAUAUAAAUUAAUGCUAUUACUUUUUUUAUACAUUGUAUAUAUUUUAAGAAACAAAACAAAUACAGAAAUAUUUUUUUAUAUAAACUGAAGAAUGCAGUGAAUAAA